AUGUCUGAUUUUAUUCAUCCUAAAGGUGACAACUUUUCACCACCAGAUCCUGUAUUUCCUAAAUCAUCAGUGGUUGAAGGAGACGAAAAUGAAACUGAAUUCAAUAGAUAUCUAUCACAUCUUUAUUUGUGGUCAAAUGUUCCGAACAAUUUACCUUCAUUAAAUCUGAAGACUUUUAGAACUUACAAAAGCAUAUUAGUAAUGACCUCGAUUUUAAAAUCAUUACCGAUUCAAGAUCAUAUUCCUAUUUUGUAUCGUGUUGGUUCAAGAUAUGAUAACUACGAGGAGAUGUUGCAUCAACUAAAGGAAACAUUUAAACAUCGUUAUUUGAUCAAAGGGGCAUUGCCAUUGAUUGAUACAACUGAAGAAAUGAGAGAAUUAUUAGUUACUUCAACGAAAUCUGAUGGACAGAUGAUCGUUAAUCCAAACCAGGGUUUUGAUUUUGAUGGAGUAAUUUAUAGAGUGGUUGAGAUGUUAUGUGCAUAUGUAAAUCACGAAGACGUAUCAUCAUUGUCACUUAGUGAGUUGAGCAGUAACGAGGGCUACGGGUCGAUAAUUCCAGCACAUGUAUUGAACAAGAAUAUGUCAGAGGGCGUUGUGGAUGUUUAUCUUGCAAAUGGUGCUAUGAAAGGUUUGACAUUUGGUGGAUACCAGUUGUUCAUUGCAAUAUGUAGAUCCUUGGGAUCAAAUGUUUAUGCUCAUGGUAUGCCUACCGAUGAUGAAGACAAUUACGAGACUAUAAAUCAGGAAGGUGGCAUUUUUGCUCAAUCUUUAUGGGCAAUAUUGGACUAUAUGUCUAAUUUAUAUUUAGACGCUAACUCAUUUGAUAGAUUCUGUUUAAUCUUAUUAGCUGGAUUACACAGUUCUACAACUGUUGUUGCUCAUACAGAUGAGGGAGGUUUGACAAGAGAUAUUUUUAGAGCAAUGAGGAGAAGCAUUGCAAAACCUUCAGGGUAUGUUGUAGGAAUAAAUUUGAGUUCAAACUUGUUAGCUUACCCGCUAUAUGGAACACGCAGUAACAUAUGUUGUUUCCUUGAUUCAUUAGCUUUAGCGAGUGCAGCAAUGGUAUACCCUGCGGAUAUUGGUGGUAUAAAAGAUAAUGCUUGGUUUCCAACUGUUAGCUCAACUGUUCCUGAGGCGUAUUCGAGCCGGUAUAAAUUUGGGGAUAUCAAAAUAGUCAAUGAUACUCAGCAAAGGCUAAUGAUUCAUAAGAAUAACUUGAGAACACCAUAUAUUAGGAUGAUGCGUAACUUAGUUAGAAUGUUCACUAGAUAUUUAGGGAAAGAGACAUCAAUGAAAAAUUGGUUGGAGAGAUUUGUGUCAAAUGCUUAUGAAGAUUCAAAAUGGAAGGUAGAACACUAUAAUAUGGAAGUGGUUGCACCGUGGUAUUGGGUUGAACCAACUACAAUUCUAAACCCUGAGUCCAUUAUAUUACCUGUUGGUAAAAAAAUGAAUCAUGUCAUAUAUUCAACAUAUGAUGGUGGUAGUUGUUCUAUACCAGGAUUUGAAGAUACAGUUAGUAAAGUAACAACUUGGUCAACUAAUUAUAGAAUAAAUUUGAGACUUACAUCAUUAAGAAAGAACCCAGCUUUAUUUUUAGAUGGUAUGAGCGCAGGGGAUGAGUCUGGAGUUUAUUUUGGUUCAAUCUUUAAGGGUGCAGCUGUUUUACCGGGAGCUCUGUUAAAACUAUUCAGUGAUGAAAUUUUCGAAAAGGGUAAAUCAAAUGUAAUCCCAUUUAAAUCAGCUUUCUGGGCAAAAGGUGAUAAUGGAAUACCACCACCAGCAGAGUUUAAUUAUUUGGGUGGUAUUAUAUCUAUAGAUUACGCACCCAUAGAUUAUGGCAUACCGAAUAGAUUUGAGGGUUUAAGAGUAGCAAAAAUUAGAGAUUUUCAUGAUAUAAGAUCAAAUAUUUUAACAGUGGGUUGCAGACCGGCAUUUCAAAGUAUUGAUCAGUUAGGUGAAGAAAAUACAAAUGUUGCUAGACAUUCAAAUGAAGCAUCGCUGAUUUUGAAGUGUCUCACGUGUCCUCCGAAGGAAGUUGAAACAGCGCUAUGCUGA